AUGGUAACAUAAUAGCGCUUUCAUAGUGGCGCUAUGGCGGCGCUAUAGCAGUGCCAUCAUGGUUUGAACAACUUUCUAAUAACUAUUUGUAGGCAAACUCUAAUGUAGUUAUCACGGAUACAAACUAUAAAUGACCUUCCUUUUUUGGUUGCAAUGCAACUUCUUCUAGAGCAAACUAAGCAUCAAUAUUUGCUUGUGUUUUUAGAGAAAUGAGUUUUCUUUUUCUGCUGUUUUAGCUGUUCUCAGAAUCAGAAUAGUUUGUAAUUAUUCACUUCAAUAUUCACUUCAUUUUCAUUUCACUAGAUAUGAACUCAGUUGCGAGACGCAUAUCGAGCUUAUUCAGGCAGUCAGGUUACGGAACUGAGCCUCUUACUGCUCAGCUUCAGCAAAGCAGAGGCAUACGAGUGCAGGUGUAUAAUGGAAAUCUGGAAGGGGCAUUGGCAUUGAUGCAACGUAAGAUGACAUCGAGUGGGAUCGAGAGGAUGAUAAAGAUUGAACAGAGGUUUCAUAUAAAAAACUCAGAGAAGCGCGUGUUGGCACAAAAGAAUUUGCAGCGUAGGCUUCGAUCACAGGAUCUUGCUAGGAAACUCAAGGCUAUUAUGAUCAAGAAAGUCAGGGGUCUUUGAAAACGUUCCACUGCCAUUGAGAAAAAAGUGGCUGGUGGAAGUUGCAGUUAUGCAGUAAUUUUGAAGGUGACGACAGUAGUUGAAACACAUUUUCUCAAAUUGUUCUGGAGUAAUAUGUAUUUUGGCAGAAAUAGUUUUAUGUAUUAGACGCAUCACCACAGUGUUCUUCAUAAUUGGUUAAAUCUAAAGCACUUUGCUGAUGAGAAUGAGAAUUGGAUUCAAACAUCUUCAAAUUUUCAUUUGAAAACAAUCAUAUUAUGGUCGCAUAGCGGACUGUAUAUCGCGUUAGACUCUGAAUCUAAAGGUCGUGAGUUCAAUUCCCACUGCAAUCAUAUUAUAAUUUUAUGUUUUCCAUUUUGUUUUGAUUUUUUGGAAUGUUAAAAUAGCAGUAAUUUAGAGCUAUUUUGUGUGUUCAAUAAAUGAUGUAUGUCCUUGUAGGCACAUGAUAAAUUUUUUGUUAUUUAUCA